AUGCAGCUUCUCCUUCCCUUCAUUGGAUUGUCCUUUUCGGGCCUUGCGUAUGCCAACUCGAGCAGCGCAAACCCCUCGGCGACCGUGACGGGCUUUCUCUCCACUUCUUCCGGCACUCUUCAAGUUCCCAAGGGAGCUUCGUGUGCUUGCGCAAAGCUUUCUAGGUCUAUGCCAAAGAGCGUGAUCCUUCCCGGCUCGGCAAAUUACACAACUCAAACUGUCGAUAACUACUGGGAUAUCCGGGCGGAUCUUUCUCCUGCAUGUGUUUUCGUGCCCAAUACUACUGCUGAAGUGUCGCAAGCAGUCAAGAUCAUCGGUGCCUGCGAUGCGCACUUUGCUGUUCGCGGUGGAGGUCAUAUGAAUUAUCCUGGAUCGAACAACAUUGAUGCGGGAGUUCUGAUUGCUCUGUCGAAUCUCAACUCCAUCAAUGUGAAGAGAGAUACCGUGGAUGUUGGCCCUGGCCUCAAUUGGUACCAGGUGUAUUCAGCACUUGAGCCCCAUGGCCGUGUCUGCAUUGGUGGCCGUAUGAAGACCAUUGGUGUUCCCGGACUCAGUCUUAUCGGUGGUUUCCACUACUUCAACAACAAGUACGGAUACGCCAUGGACAAUGUGAUCACCUAUGAUGUCGUUCUUGGAAACGGCGCUCAAAUCACUGUCAACAAGUCUUCGCACAGCGAUCUUUUCUGGGCCUUGAAGGGUGGCGCGAACAACUUUGGAAUUGUCACCAGAUUUGAACUGAAGACUUAUGCUGUUCCUAGGGUCAGCACCACUAUUCAGAUUUUCAACGAGACAAACAUUCCCGAGUAUCUUUCUGCGGUCUGCGAGGCGGCUAAGCUGGACGAUAAUGAUCCCAUUGCCGCAGGAAUGAUCUCAACUAUCACCUACAAUGCGACUACCAAGAUGGCACAAGGCUCUAUCCUCGGUGUCCAGGAGGGUAUCAGUAACCCCCCGUCUCAGUUUGCCAACUUCACCAAGAUUCCAGCAACUCAAAGAAUUCAUAAUGUCACUACUAUGAAGCCGUGGGCUGAGACCCUUGACUCCCCUAAGCAGAUGAUGCGGACAAUGAAACCAGACGCGAAGGUUCUUUAUUUGAUUUACAAGGCUUGGAAAGCCGCAGUCGACAGCAUCGCCGAUGUUCAGGGCCUUUACCCAACUUUUGUUACGAACGUCAUUUCCCCGGCUUCAGUCCGCGUGGCCAAGACCAACGGUGUUGGCAACGUUUGGGGUCUCGAAGAAGAACCUCUUAUUAUCUGGCAAUUCAGUACCGGCUGGGCCCUAGCCCAGGACGAUAUUCGCAUGGAGGCUUGGUCUCGUCAAUUGGUCGAGCACCUUCACGGUUUCAACAAAGAGCUAGGGCUUGCUUCCGAGUUCAUCUAUAUGGGAGAUGCUGGUGAGUGGCAAGAUCCGUACGCGGGUUUCCCAAGUGAGAAUGUCGCUCGUAUGAGAAAAAUCAGGUCUUCUUAUGAUCCCGCAGGGGUUUUCUCCACUCUUAGCUGGGGUGGGUUUAAGCUAGGUCUGUAA